AUGGCGUCCACCUUGUUCGAAGAGGACGUCGUUCGCCGCAUUCACCGUGGUGCAUUGCAACUCGGCCUGGUCGUACGGAACUUCGAUGGGUUUAACAGCUUGGACGAUUCUGAAGAUGAGGAAGAAAUGCUCAAGAAGGGAUAUGUGAGGGUGGCUUGGUACCCUCGAGGGAGAGAGGAGGUCGUUGGAGAGGGAAAGGUGAACCUUUAUGAUCGCUCUUUGAUGCCUGGGGAUGCAGUACGACGUAACAUGGGGUAUUCGCAGCGGGGAAUCGUACGUGCUGUCAGUGUCUCUUGCCAUCUCCAGGUGGUUCGUACCAAACAAAUGGUGUAUGAUGUGAGCAGCCAGGACCUGGAACACAUAAUGAAGUAUACACCAAGCCGACAUGUUGUAAUGGGAUCUUGGGUUGGUGUUGUCAGAAACCUGUAUGUGCAGCUCAUUGUCUGCCUGAAGAAUGGAGCAAGGUGUGCUCUAUCAGAUGACAGCGCCUGUAGACUGACCGAUGUUCAUGACUACACAGACGAGGACUCUGCAUUCAGCUGUGAUGGGUUCUUUCCGGGUCAGGUUUUACGAGGACCAGCCACAACCUUCAAGAACGCUACAUGGCUGAGUGGACAGCAGCCGAUACUAAGCAGCAAAGCCAGCUUCACUGUAACAGUGGAAGAGGUCAAGGUGACUGAACUGGAGGUACAUUGGCAGACAAGGGGAUUAUGGAAGGAUCCAGAAUCAGACUGCACGGAUCAAUAUGAUCUUCAGCCACCUCCAAGGAAAGUCACAGAAGAGAUGCUGUUAAGGGUCAAGCCGCUGUCAUACUUCAUCGCAGCAAGUACUCAAAUUGGAGACAAGGUCAUGUACAAAAUUCGAGCGGGAGAUUUAGAUUAUCCUAGGCCAGUGACAAGAGGUAAUAUCAGCAGCUUUGUACAACCUCUAAAAACAGAAGGAAUUCCUGAAGUAAAUCUGGGAAAGAUGGGUGAAUCCGAUUUAAAGAAAAUGGACUCACAAAGUGAAAGGGUUUCUGGUGGAGGUGAACCAAAGAGCCAUCAGGUACCUGAGGAUCCCAAGGAGUGUUGUGACAAAACUGAGGAGACUAGUAGUGUCGCCAUGCAGGCUAGCCCUAAGACUGAAGAAGCUUUGAUUGGGUCGAUGGACUCAAGUAGUGGUGCCAUAAAGACCACCAAGGAGAUUUCUACAGAGACAAACAUUGGAAGUGAAACCAAUGGAGCUGGGAGCUGUACUAAUGAAGCUAUAAGCAGUACUCAGGACACUUCCAAUGCUGUAAAUAAAGCACCUGAUGAUACAGCAAUGGCUUCUGGGGGUGCGGGUGGAGCUGGCAGUGGUGCAGUGGUGGGUAGUAACAGUGAAGCUGUAGAUUCUCCAAGGAAAGAGAAUAUUGCAGAUCUACUUGGGUAUGUGGAUGAAUUUCUAGAUAGCUUGGGUAAACUACAAGCUAUUAAAGGUCAGUUAUCAGAGAAUAUGAAGGAAUUAUCGGGGGCGGCUUGUGCAAAUAUUACUGAGAGUGCGGAGCAGAAGGCUUUAUCGUGUCUGCUCGGACUCUCCCAGCUGAGUGAAUACCAUGAGAGAAUCGCAAACUCGGACGGGAUAGACGGCCAAGAUUAUCAAACAGAGCAGAAGAUAAAUGAAGGCUUACAGGAGCUACUAGCUCGGGCCGAACAGCCUCAAGGAUAUCUCUCACAGGAUGCGAGCCGUCUUCAGGACUUAAAGACUUUGAUGGAGAAUUCCUCAACUGAGUCUACAAAGGAUAUCAUCACUCAGGUCAGACAUCUUCUCAAGUUAACUGAUGCGCAUCUUCUUGCCAGCAGCAGCAAGGAGGUGGGGGACGCAGAGGUGGAGAAGUUGGGAGCAGCUGUGGGGAAGUCAACCAGCAGUAAAAAUUUACGGCGAAUCAGGGGAAUGAUGUUGAAGAGCAGAAACAAACGGAAAUGUGAGGAAGAGAAAGAUGGGAGCAGAUCGUCAGAUGGUGAGGAAGUUUGGGAGGAGGAUUCUUCGGAGGGAUCUUCGGAGGACAGUGAUGCAGGGAGUCAGACAGACUCUAACGCGUCCUCCAAGGGGGAGGGCAGCAGACGACACAAAGUUGUGUCAAGUCUUCUUCACAGACACACCAAGAAGCAACAUAUGCGAAUGGCUCCUAAGCGAAGACCCCCUCCAAGGCCGCUAGAAGUUGGGGAGAGGGUAUGCGUGGAGGUCACCCACACAUGGACACUUGCAGAUGUCAUGUGGCAGGAUGGGACAUUAGAGCGGGGUGUGGUAUCAGCCGAUUUGGUUCCAGUCCACCAGCUGGAUGAGCUAGAGUUCUUCCCUGGAGACUUUGUCACCAAGAAUAACGAGUCUCUUGAGAAUGUGUACGGUCUGGUCUGUAAGACUGAUCAUAAGGAGAGAACGUGUCUCAUACAGUGGAUCAUGAGACCGAACCAACAGUGCAAUGUACCAACACCAGUCAACACCGAGGAAGUGAGCGUCUACGAGCUGACACCUCAUCCAGACUUCACCUUCAACGUGGGCGACAUUAUCGUAAGAAUCGCCGACAGCCAGCGGGGAAUCGCAACCAUGAAGAAAGCCAAGUCCGACGUCAAAUUGAACUCACCCAGUGCACUGAUAGGCGCUAAUGGUACCCAUAUAGGUGGACUUCAGGUAGAUCAGGAAAGGAUUGACUGUACCCAAACGGGUGACUCGAGUACCCAUGUAAGUAACAAUAUAUCCCAAAUGAGUCAAGAAAACUCCCAUAUAGGCGACUGUGCUCGUACAGGUAAUGCAGCUGUUGAUACCCAAAUGGGUACAACACAAAUAGCUACUAUUGCCAUUGCAGGACACCCCGGUGUCCUGUCGGACUCCUGUGCCCCCGACGCCGUAAAUUGCAAAGACACUCCGAGGGAUGCUGCUGCAGCUGUGGAACACAUAACGGAUGUAGAACAUUUGAAAGAAAAUCCAUCCAGCGAAACGAUCAAUAUAUCAUUACCUGUCGAUGCUGCUACCACAACCAGCCUUCAUUCUUGCCUAAAUGAUUCAUUAACGCCAUCGACUAGUACUCCUAACCCGCAGCUACACAAAACAGACUCUCCGGUUACACUACACCCUGAAUCUCGAAGUCCUGUAACAGACAAAGAACUCGGACAAGUAGAGAUACAGAAAGAAGCGACUCCUGAUCAGGAUACGCCCAGUGUUGAUCAAAUGAACUUGGCCAACUUAAAGAAGGACUUGGCAACGCAAGCAGGGAGCUGUCCAACUUUAGAAUGUAAAUCCUCUGACUUUGAAAGUACUCGUGGUGAUCAGGACGAAGGAGUGCCCUGUGCUGGUCAGGUGAGAUGGAUCAACACCAGUGGGGAAAUUCAUGUAGCCUGGGUGGAUGGAUCGGAGUGUGCCGUACUACCACAGGACCUGUACAAACUGGAGGAGGACAGUGAUUCUGAUUGGUCAGAUAAUGACCAUGAUGAUGCUCAUUGGAAAGACGAAGACCAAUCACAAGGCUCAUCUGAUUCAUCCACAAGUAGCUGGGAAACAGCAAGUGAUGCCUCAGGAGCUGCUGAUGAAGUCAACAUUGCAAGUAGCUCGCCUAAUGACAGACAAGACCUUAUAAUGGCGAGUAACAUGGGUGAUGCGGUACCACUUGAGCCCCAAGGUGACGACUCACUCUCCAAGAUUACAGUAGACAUAGAGGAAACCCGUACCGCCCUCCAUCGCAUCCGUGACCAGCUCGCCUCUUUCACCAACUCCAUCCCUGAGAACCUGAUGGAGGUGCCUCAGGAUGCGAACCACAUCCACGGAGGGUCCAGCCCCGGUCACAUUGAGCACAGUCGGGACGGUAACCACAGUGUGGAUACCACUGAAACUGAUAAUCUAGAAAAAUUUAAUCUAGAAAAUGGUUUCCAGUCCGAGGCGAGUCAGCUGGAACCUGAAGCAGAAAAGGAGGUGGCCUCUUCCCCAGAACAGAUCCCUGCUCCAUCCGCAGUAGUGGAGGAGCAUACUUCCCAAGAGACUGUAGCCUCAUCUGAGAAAGAGGAUGAUCCUGGGGUCACAGAACCGAAGGAGGAAUGUAACCUUGACAGCCAAGAUGCAACUCCGAAGACAUCGGAAGAAGGGACAGUACAUGCGGCAUCUGCACAAGCGUGUGACAAUUUCUUCUUAAUGGAGGAGGUGACGGAGAACCAUCAGUUCAAUUCAGCCAGUAUUGUAUUCCAACCAGAGGAUCCCAAACAGUUCUCAUUAACCAUGAGAAGAGAGAUGCGGUUGCUCCAGACAUCACUUCCACAAGGCAUUAGAGUCAAAGGUUUUGCUGAUAGAAUGGACCUCUUCUCUGUGCUCUUCGAGGGCCCAAGUAACACACCAUACGAGAAUGGGCUUUUUUACUUUGACGCCCGUCUUCCCAAAGACUACCCUAAAUCACCGCCUGUCAUGCACUUCCACGCCUACUGCAGUGGUAGACUCAACCCAAACCUGUACAAUGAUGGCAAGGUGUGCAUUAGCCUGCUUGGAACCUGGACAGGAAAGGGCAGCGAGAUAUGGACGAGCAAAUCUAACCUCCUGCAAGUGCUAGUCUCCAUUCAAGGCCUGAUCCUCGUGAGUGAGCCCUACUACAAUGAGGCUGGCUAUGAGAAGCACAGGGACUCGGUGCCUGGAACAGAGAACAGCAGGCUGUACAACGAGACCGCCAUCUUGAAGAUGGUUCAGUCAAUGACUCUGAUGUUAACAAAUCCCCCGGAAGUGUUUCAUGAAGAGACGGUCAGCUUUUGUCGCAAGUAUGGUCACAGGAUGAUUAGACGUGUUGAGCACUGGCUUUCACUUGGUGAUCGGUCACCGGGUAGCCAAGCAAGAGGGAAAGAAGAUCAAGAAGAUUUCACGGCGCCAGCGUUCCCGCUUCUGCCACUCUCAAGAGGGUUCGUGCUGAGUACAAGGCAGGCACUACGGGGGUACAGGGCAGCACUAGGUGUAGCAGGAAUCCCAGAGUAGUUUCUGAGGAUCGGCAUGGGCUUUUUCCACCAGUAAGUCUUAUUUUACACUGGACUGCUGGCACGAGGCCACUAGUUCACAGGCCUGAGGCCACUAGAUCACAGGCCUGAGGCCACUAGAUCACAGGCCUGGGGCCACUAGAUCACAGGCCUGAGGCCACUAUAUCACAGGCCUGAGGCCACUAGAUCACAGGCCUGAGGCCACUAGAUCACAGGCCUGGGGCCACUAGAUCACAGGCCUGGGGCCACUAGAUCACAGGCCUGAGGCCACUAGAUCACAGGCCUGAGGCCACUAGAUCACAGGCCUGAGGCCACUAGAUCACAGGCCUGAGGCCACUAGAUCACAGGCCUGAGGCCACUAGAUCACAGGCCUGAGGCCACUAUAUCACAGGCCUUAGGCCACUAGAUCACAGGGCCGAAGCCACUAGACUGCAGGCUCAAAGCCACUAAACCGCAGGCCCUUGCCAUUAGUUUCAAUGUUGUUUGUUUGUUUGUUUAAAUGAUCUUCCCGCCAAGGGAACUCUGCAAUCUCAUACAAGGAGAUAUAAACGCCAAGCUAGCAACAGACGAUCUCUCCUAUACAACCAUUGGUGUAACGUCUGUCAUUAUGACUUGCACAAAUCAAUAACAAGAAAUCCAAGUAUUGUAAAAAAAAUAAAAAAUAAAAAAAUGUACUUACAUGUGACAGCACUCCUUGCCUAGUGUAUGUCACUGCGAUUGUGAAAUGCAUCAUCCAAAGCUCGCUUCAAUUGAAUGCUCAGAGUAGCUGUUUUAGACAAAGAGAACAAAUCAAAAUAUACUUAAUAUGUAAAGUGGGUAUAAAUGUUACAUAAAGUCAUUUGUGAGUUAGAUUUGAAAAAUGUCUUGUACAAUGACUUGCCUAGUCACAAUUUACUGCAUAAAUUUGAAUUCCUCAGACUAUAGAGACAGUUGCUAUGUCAAAUGGUACAGGCAAGCCUUUGCAUAGCAAACUCCAGUUGAGCAAACCCUGCUACCAUUGUGCCGUACACAUUCGUUCAGAAUUGUGUAUAGCUAUUUUUCAUCUCUUACGCAAAAGCUUGCCCUGAAUGAAGCGACAUAGCAACUGUCUCUUUAGUCUGGGGAGUUCACAUUGUGGCAGUAACUUGUGACUAAAGAAGUCAUUGUACCAGACAUUCAUUAAAUCUGACUCCCCGUGGCUUAUUGAAACCCAAAAGAAGAUCGCAAAACUAAAUAUUUAAAAUAUUUCACAAUCUUCGCGGUUUAAGCUAAUUCUUUCUGUCAACUGAAAAAUGUACGGUUUUUAAAAUUUAUUUGUGUGUGUGAGAAGGUGAUGUGGACAACAACACCCGUUAUAAAGCCAAAUGUUAUUAAAGUAGUGAGGUCUUAAUAUUUAUAAAGCACAAUUAUGCUAACAAUUUUGUCCAAAAUGUAAAACGUUUCAAUCAAUACUAAUGAUUUUCAAUCAAAACUAUUCUGUGGAAAGGUUGCAUUUGUGAUUUGCUGUCAUGUUACCGAACAAA